CCCGCAUCUGCCCAAGGGAGCGGUUGUCAUUAGCCACAGUACAUGCACUCCUAUACUACUUUGAGAUUAAGAUCUCUUACAUAAAGAUGGCUCCCGCUGACCCACCCUCACCCUCCAACACUGCAUUCAGAAAAAAAAUAAGAAUCGGUCAUUACCAACCAAGAUGCAGAAUAUGUCUCACAUAUAAAGAAAAGAUGCUGUCAAAAUACCCCAAGGGCGGAACACGAGCUUGGCUGGUUACUGCUGGGUUAGCGGGCGUGCUCUUCUCCACCGUCGGUUGUUGUUUUGCGGUUUUCAGAUGAAUU